AACUCUCAGAUGACGAAUGGCUGAUCACAGAUAUGCUUCUAUUAGAAGUAUGAGAACCGAGAAUAGAGCUUCUUGCAUUGAUGUCAAAAUCAAAACAAACUACACUACCAAGUGCCAAGUGUCCUUUUUAUUCCAUUAUUUCUUUAUAUUAAACUCCAUUAACCAUCACAUUUCACAUAGUACAAUGCAACAAACCAUUUUAGUAUAAAUACAAGACUUGAGAAAUUUCCACUUAAGUGUUUUUCUCAAUGUCUUCUGAUCUCUUUGUGUACGAUCCCUCUUACUUUUCUUCCGACUCAUUUUCUCCUUACAAUGAGGCUGUUUCCAUCAAUGAAAUUCUCCAAACGUUACCAGAUGAUGAGAAUGAAAUCAAUGAGCUUGCAGCUACACUUUUUUCUUCUUCUUCAGCAUCACCACCUGAUCAUCAGAUGGAGAAUCUGACUAUUUCUCAAGAAACCCAUGUGGGAAACACUAAUGGGCUCACAGAUUAUGAAGUUUUGGAUGUGAAAAGUGAGGAUUUUCAGAACCCUUUUGGCUUUUCUUAUGGUUAUGGUGGUUCUUUUGGUACUAGUGGUGGUGAGUGUGAGAAUGCAGUGAAGAUGAUGCAGAGGAGUUUUAGUAGUAAGCCUCGGUUCUUGUACCAACCUUUCAUGGGAUCCUCCAGUUUUGAUUAUGGCCAAGAAUUUAGCUCUCCUGGAAACAGCUCAAUGAAAAUCAGAAAGGUCUGCAGCACUGGUGAUUUACAGAGUAUCAAAACAAGGGAGAAGUUGUCAUGUAGCCCACUGGGAACAGAGAAGUCUUUCAUAGAAGAAGCCAAUACAAAAGUGGUGAAGUACAGUGCAGAAGAGAGGAAAGAGAAGAUUGAUAGGUACAGAGCAAAGAGAGCCCAAAGAAAUUUCAACAAGACUAUUAAGUAUCAAUGCCGGAAGACAUUAGCAGACAAUAGGCCGAGGAUACGUGGCAGGUUUGCGCGCAAUGAUGAAGCUCAAGGGAAUCCAAAAACUGUGAAUUUUAAUCGCUACGAAGAUGCAGAUGAUUAUUCAUGGGCAGAAGAGCUUAGGAGAGGAGAUGAAAGCAAUGAAGCAGUUUUCGACAGCAGUGCUUCCUCUUCUUCACAGUUUCAGUGCUUCAGCUAUCACUGAUCACAGUUAAAGUUUGAGCUUUCAUUAGAUUUUGGUUGAUGAGAAUAGCGAGAUUCAAUGUGGAAAGAAGACUUUAUCAAGUUAUGGCAAUAGCUAGCUAGUAGUUCUUGUUAUCAAGUUAUGAGAAUAUUUGUUAGGCUAGCAGUUAGUUUCUUUUCUCUUGUUUCCAGCAGAGUUUAUAAUGUACUGUACCUGAAGAUGCCUGCACAAACUUCUCUUCUGUUAUGAAUCAGAC